GAGACUGGGUCUCGCGAUGUGCGUCUGCGUGUGCGUGCGCGGUCCUUGCGAGCUCGCGCACGCCUCCCCUCGCAGUCCUGGGCUGUGGCGGCCUCUUCCUCCUGCGUUUGAGGCAGGACCCUGAGAGGUGGCCGCGGCGAGAGCUGAGAGUCAGCGUCCAGUUCGCCGCCAGCGGCCUCGCUGCCUGCCCCUCUGACUUGGGCUCUUCGCGCAGUGCCGAGGCUGCGGGCUGUGGGAGGGGAGCGGGGCCGGCGGGAGCUUCCCAGCUGAUGGGCAACCCCUGGGCGCGCUGAGGGGCCGAGCUACCAGCGGCUGAGAUGUAGAGGCAGAGACACAGGCAGAGGGAGAAGCAGGCUCCCUGUGGAGAUCCUGAUACAGAACUCAAUCCCAGGACCAUGGGAUCACGACCUGAGCCAAAGAAAAUGAUGCAUCCUGUUGCCAGCAGUAAUCCGGCUUUCUGUGGCCCUGGCAAGCCUUCCUGCCUCAAUGAAGAUGCCAUGAGAGCUGCUGAUCAGUUUGACAUAUAUUCCUCCCAGCAAAGCAAAUAUAGCCACACAGUCAGCCACAAACCAAUGGCUUGUCAGAGGCAAGACCCGUUAAAUGAAACACACUUGCAGACUACAAGUGGCAGAAGUCUAGAGAUAAAAGAUGAACUAAAGAAAAAGAAAAAUCUCAACCGAUCUGGAAAACGUGGCCGACCUUCAGGAACCACCAAAUCCGCAGGGUACCGUACCAGCACAGGCCGACCCCUGGGAACCACCAAAGCAGCUGGAUUUAAGACAAGUCCAGGCAGACCUUUGGGUACAACUAAAGCUGCGGGAUACAAAGUAAGCCCAGGGAGACCUCCAGGUAGCAUUAAAGCUCUGUCCCGUCUUGCUGAUCUUGGUUAUGGCUGUGGCACCGCUGCUUUUCCUUACCCUAUGAUGCACAGCAGAGCAGUUCAUGGGGUAGAGGAAACCAGCAGCGAAGUCAAACCACCCAAUGAGUGAAUGAGGCAGGAAAGGAGGGCCAGGUUUAGAAGGAAGAUUGUGAAUAAUCCCAAAGCUUCUUGGAUUUAUUUUGACAUACAUAAUUUUAUGGCCUGGGCUUUCCAAAUUGUUUCCCCAUUUGAUUUGUUUUCUUUUGCUCAGAAACUGCCAUAUGCUGACAGAUGCACUCAGGGCAUGAGCAGUGGCAUUGUAUUUGUAUAUAGGUUCAAGUGUAACACCUAACUAAAUCAUUUUUGCUUUUCUUUUAGAGUUCUGGUUGUGUCUCAUAUUUCAUUACUCCUUUGGGCCAUUCUAAAUAGAUGCUUUAUGUACUAAACAACUGAAACCAUUAUACCUGUUAGUUUGUGAAGUAAACCUACAGUAUAAUAAAGGUAAUAUCCAAGGUAUUUUUAACUGAUGGAACAAAGCAAACUAAUGAUUCAGGAUUACUUGAGGUAAUGGCUGUGAGUUUUUGUAACAUUUAUUUUCAUGAGACAAGACUCAGAUAUUUGUAUGCUUUGGCAUUUACAUAGAACUUCAGAUGUUAAAAAUCUUACUUUUGUUCUAGGUUUAAGCAGCAGAAUCUUAUUUAUUUUAUUUUAUUGAUUUACAUGGUGUUAAUUGAUUUAACCCUUAUUUCUAAAAACUCUUUAGUGUUUGCCUUUCAACAAUGAUAUGUUGUGUAUUUCUUAAUUGCCUAAGAGCAUAUAUACCAAACACUACAAACAAUUCAUAUUUACAGAAAAAUUCAGCUUUUUAAUAAAAACUGCACAUUACAUUUUUGGUGAAAUAUGCAUUCUGAGAAUAGCAUACUUAAUAGAAAAAGAAACAUUCUUAAGGUCUGCAUGUAGCUGUAGUCACUACAAUUUGCCUUUCAUAUAUUUAGUUUUAAAGCAUUAUGCUUAAAACAUUUAUUAAUGUUCAUUUAUUAAAAAUGUUUUUUAGUUUCUUCCCUGAGAAAUUGUCCCAUUACAUUAGCACUUACUGUGGUUUCAGGUUUAUAUCUGCCAAAGGACGCAAAUCAAGUGGUAGAGUCUAAAACUGUUAUAAAUAAACUGCAAUUGUCUGUCAGAACCCAAAUAUUAAGGAAUACAUAGGAAUACCAUCUAUGCAUGCAUCAUGUAAAAAAAAUAUGUUGAUAAGUUUCAUUGAAAUUUAAUUGUGGCUCCAGUGAGACCACUUAUCUAAAAGAAAAUUUUUCCAACGUCUGCUUUAGAAGCAAUAUAGAAAAAAAAGGUAUUGGGUAGAUAUGGAUGGUAGGGACAGAGAAAAAUCACUCUUCUCCCCUUUCUGAAAGUAAUAGUCUUUGUUAAUAGACAUUGUAUUUAUUCUGAGUUUGUUCUAAAUAAAAUAAACUAUUACAAACUUCAGAUUUGAAAAACAAUUCCACUCAAAUCAUGGAAUUUUAAAUGCCUUUGAGAUUAUAGUAUAGAUUUGCAGGACCCAAAAACUUUUAAAAUAAUUAAAAUUUUAGAAGGGCACACAUUGUGUUGUUGGGCUUGCUCUCAGUUAAUGCAAACUCUGAUUGCAAAUGGAUGUCAUGUUUCGUACCUUUUUUAUUAGGAAAAAAGCAGCAAGCCUUCAGGUGUUCCAGUGAUGCCUGACACAAUGAGCUGGACUUAUGCUGCUCUUUACAGUUAGAGGUGUUGCAUUGUAGGGACUGUGUGUGCACUGGCAUCUAAGACAGUGACCUCAACAAUUUUAGCUUUGCACAAACCAUAGAGAACAAUAUUGGAUGACUAUAUAAUCAGUUGUAACAUUCUGGCAGCUAAAUUGCUACAAGAGUUUCUCCUUGCAGAAGCUCAAAAUACAAAACUUUGAAUAAUUUACUCAGAACAGUAUAACUUCUGACACACACAAAUGCUUACAUCUUUAUUCAUAUAUUCGUGUAUCCACUUUUAAUAUUUAUGUGUCAUUUAGUUGUUUCUCAAGAUGAUGUUCAGCAGUUGGCUACUUAGAAAUAUACUUAGAAGUCCUCUUCUGAGUUCCUGAAAACAGUUGUUUAAUUAAAUGUUAUACUGCAAGGUAAUAUAACUGUCAAGGAUUUGGUGUCCUGUUGUUUUUAUACUGUGUCCAUUUGACAUUUCCUUUCAGUUUAUUUUCAUUCCUGAUUUUGUUGUACAUACCCUUCCCUUUCUCUCUUCCCUUUGCUUCAUUUAUUCCCCUCCUCUUUCCCCAUCCUCCAGCACAUCUACUCAGUGGUGCUGUGCUGUGUGUCAGAAGAUAAAGCAGGUGUAUUAUUGUAUAAUGAAUUUUGUAUACAUGUUACUGAAAUGGUGAAAUCAGCUAAAGGAAUUCUGUUCAUAACCGUGUUUAUUAAUAUCAGGAGCUAUGUCCCAGGAUAAAAAAAGGGGGACAAAUGGCUACAGUUGUGAAUGGUUAACAGUGUUUAGAAAGCUGAAUUUUCUGUUCAUGUAAGUGUUUACCUGGAGUAUUAGAUCUGUAUGGUGGUGAGCAUCUCCUGAUUCCACUUCCUUUUCUCCUUGUGAACAGUUUAUUGGUGCCAUGCUGAAGAGAAAGACAUCUAAGUGAUAACAUGAAGUCUUAAAAUAUAAAAUAUUUUUACUUCUCUAUAAAGACUACAUUGUGCAUCUUUUGUAACACUGUCUCGUCAUGAUAAACACUGAAAUAGCAUGUUAAAAAAUUGCCUAUACUUUAAUAUAAUCAGUUGGGGAAAACUGGCCUUUUCCUCCAAUUGUAUGAUUGUUUCUUAAAAGGUAAAUUGCUAAUUUUAUAUUGUAGAAUUCUGUUCUUCACAUAAUAGGUCUCACUAUUCUGCAUUAAAACUGUUGGUCAGAAAAUGAUCUAUUCAAGUAAGUUUGCUUUACUUUUUUUCUUUGAAAACUAUUUUAACAUGCCUUAUUUAUUAUCAUGUUAACAAAUAAGCAGUAAUACAAAUGAAAUUUUCAUUUUUUGACAGAUAAAACCUUGCAUAACUAAUCUUUGGUAUGGGAUGAUUUUGAUACUAUCUUUGGAGUUUUGCACUGGAUAUUAAAAAAUACUGGCACAAUGUAUUGGAAGAAAACAAGUAUCUGAUUAAUUUUUAAUAUUUGGGGACAUUUUUAAAAUCAGUAUUCAGUUAGACUGAAAUAUUCUUUAUAUUUUUUAUUUACUUUUUAAAGGAAACAUCUGUUGAAGUAAUAAAAGUAAUCUUCAUUCCAGACUGAUGUUUGUGUGAAUUUACAUGUAUAUUUUCAUGAAGUAAUAGAGUUUCUUUGAGUCAAGGAGGAAAAAACAAUUAUCUGGACCCAUUUGUUAGGUUAAAGGUGAUCCAUCCAGUGUAAGAACAACCAGUGUAUGAGCUAAAAAAAAACAAAACCCCUUCUCCUUUAUAUUCUAAGAAGCUUUAAAAGAAUAAUUCAGGGGAUGUUGGCAAUACCUGCUGCUCUGUCAGUCAUUGUCUCUAUAUGCAGUAAAAUUUUAUCCCUCUAUAACGUAAACCUUCACAACAGUUCAAAAUGUUUUUUUCCUUGGACAUAAAAUAUUUAGAUGCUAUUAUAUUUUUGUUUUUAUUAUGGCUUAACUAUAUGCUAUUAAACUCUAGGAUGUAUCUAAAUCUUUCCUUUGCUUUUCCCUCCACCUCCUCCCAAGUAGGUAAAUCUGUACUUUCACAAUGUAUUUAAUUUUUGGGAAAUUUAAUGCUGUAGUAAAUCAAGUGUGUGAUUUAUAGUAAUCAGACCACUUUGAUUCUUUAAGUUUCACAAUUUCCUUUUUCCACAGAUAAUUACAGAGAAAAUAAUUACCAAGUAACUGAUAUAAGCACGCUGUCCUCUGCUGUAAAAAGUCCAAAUAGAUACUGUGUAUGUUUUUAUGUCCAUGAACUUGAGCUACUCGUGUGCAAUUAUGUGUAUGGGAAUGGAGUAGUGUUCAUGAUUUGUAUCUACAUCAUCAUAUGGAUGUAUAUUUAUUAAUAAAGUCAUUACUUUAAAACCAACAA